AUGGGAUCCGACCCUCAAUACGCCAAGUGGCCCCUGCUGCCACUCUCCCAGCAUGUCUUCACCCUCACAAAUGCCUACGCCUCACGGGCAGGCCAGCAAGCGGCCGUCAAGGCGCUGCAGGACGCCAUCGCCGAGCACAAGAUGGCCCCCUUCUACCGGUACCUGGCCCAUCCGGUGGACGGCAUCCUCAACGCCGUGGGCGACGCCGCCGCUUCGGCCCCGGCCAAGUCGCUGAGCAGAAAGUCCAGCCUCGUCGGCAUGGUCGCCACGAGGGCCGCCGCCACCGACGUGAACCUGCCCUGGGAUGAAGCGCUCUACGGCAAGCUCAAGGCCGAGAACGAAAAGGAGCUGGAGCAGUUCCAGAAGGACGAGGACGACGCCGUCGAGCAGGCGGGCGACACCGAGAUCAUCGCCGCCAAGGGCAAGAGGGUUGAGUUCUGGGCUCGCGUCGGCGACAAGGACAAGGCGAUUGCCGCUUGCGAGGCCGUCUUCGAAAAGUCGGGCAUCCUUGGCACUAAGAUUGACCUCGUGCUCGCCGUCGUGCGCAUGGGCCUCUUCUACGGCGACAAGCCCCUCGUCAAGAAGCACAUCGACCGAGCCAAGGCCCUCGUCGAGUCCGGCGGCGAUUGGGACCGCCGAAACCGACUCAAGGCCUACGAGGGCCUGCACCUCCUCACCGUUCGUUCCUACAACCUCGCCGCGCCCCUCCUGCUCGACUCCCUCUCCACCUUUACCAGCUACGAGCUCUGCACCUAUUCGAACCUCGUCGUCUACUCCGUCCUCGCCGGCUCCGUCUCCUUGAAGCGCGUCGACUUCAAGUCCAAGGUCGUCGACGCCCCCGAGAUCAAGGCCAUCAUGGGCGACGGCGAGGAUAAGCUGCUGGCCCUGAGCGGCGCCCUCAGCGCCGGGCCCGGCGCCGACGAUCUCGUCCUCGACCAGCCCACCCAGCAGCCGUCGGCGACGAGCAAGGCCGUGAACCUGACGGCCCUGGGCUCCAGUACGGAGCAACCCGACGCCGAGAUGGCCAUCGACUUUAGCCCGCUCGCCCUCCUCGUCAGCAGCCUCUACAACGGCAACUACAAGGCCUUUUUCCAGUCCCUCGCCGACGUCGAGGAGCAGUUCCUCAACCAGGACCGCUACCUCCACGAGCACAAGAACUGGUUCAUCCGCGAGAUGCGCCUCCGCGCCUACCAGCAGCUGCUGCAGAGCUACCGCGUCGUCGGCCUCGAGAGCAUGGCCAACGAGUUUGGCGUCACCGUCGACUUCCUCGACCGCGAUCUCGCUCGCUUCAUCGCCGCCGGCCGCAUCCCCUGCACCAUAGACCGCGUCUCCGGCAAGGGCGUCAUCGAGACGAACCGACCGGACGACAAGAACAAGCAGUACCAGGACGUUGUGCGCCAGGGAGACCAGCUCAUCACCAAACUGCAAAAGUACGGCCAGGCUGUGCGGUUGAGGGGAAGCGAGAGGGCGUGA